AUGCCCUGGGAAGGAGCAGCAAAACCUUCUGUCAAGCUCCCCUUCCUCUCCUGUGCUCCAACUACUCUCCAGCUAAGGGUGUCCUGGUGCACACCAGCGUUGCAGCCCUGGCUGCGCACACCUGUGUGCAGGGAUGUGAGGAGCCUUGCCCACCUCAGGAAGAGAGUGCCACGUCCUGGUCACCUCUCCUCAGAGCCACCCCUCCCCACUGGUGUGACAUUGCACGGCAUGGCCAGUGGCUGGGGCCUGAGGGCAGGGCCAUGGACAUCCUCCCAGGCACCUUGGAAUGCAUCCUUUGGGGGAGCAGGAUCCGGGAGCGGGCCCCUGUCCGGGCCCUGGUACAGCACACACAAGACUCAGCUGUUUGGAGUUUUACUUGCUGCUGCUUCAAAUUUUCUCAUCAGUGUCUCCUUGAAUAUACAGAAAUGCGCUCACCUGCGGCUGGCUUGCCGGGCAGAGCCGGAGCUGUGCUACAGGAGCAAGCUGUGGUGCUGUGGCAUUGCCCUCCUGGGGCUGGCAGAGCUGGGCACUUUCUCAGCCUAUGCCCUCGCCCCCAUCGCUCUGGUGGCUCCACUGGGAUCUGUUUCUGUCAUAGGUAGUGCAUUUAUUUCUGUCUUUUUCCUAAAGAAGACCAUGAGGACUGCUGAUAUAUUGGGAGGAACGCUGACAAUAACAGGGAUAUACUUGUUGGUCACAUUUGCUCCAAGUGUACCUCAAGAGCUCACAGCAAGACAAGUGCAGAAUUACUUAGUGAGCUGGCCUUUUUUGGUAUAUUCAAUUUUAGAAAUUCUAAUAUUCUGCAUUCUCCUCUAUUUUUACAAAAGAAAGGCUGUGAAACACAUCAUGGUUUUGCUAAUGAUGGUAGCUCUACUGGCAUCCAUGACUGUCAUUGCUGUUAAGGCUGUGUCCAGCAUGAUAGCACUUUCUGUGAAGGGGAAAAUGCAGCUAACUUACUCCAUUUUCUAUAUCAUGAGUAUUUUAAUGGCAACGUCUUGUGCUUUCCAAGUCAAGUUCUUGAAUCAAGCAAUGCAUCUGUAUGAAGCAACAGCAGUUGUCCCCAUUAAUUUUGUGUUCUUCACCACCAGUGCCAUCAUUUCAGGGGUCAUAUUUUAUCGGGAAUUCCAAAGUGCAGCUUUACCGAGCGUGUUCAUGUUUCUGUUCGGGUGUCUCCUGUCUUUCCUUGGUGUGAUUAUAAUUGCAAGAAAUAAAAAAGAGGAGCAUUUACAAAUCCCUUUUAUUGACUGUGGACAUAUUCCUGGAGAAAAUCUGACAGGCAAAAUACAACCAGAUUCUCAUUGUUCAUGCUAUGGCACACUGAAUAAGGAAGAUGACUUGGUGAAAAGGCAAAGCUGAAAGAAGAAAGCACUUUACAUGCCAGUUAACAGGAGGAACACCACUGGAACAAGAAUCAGUAGCACCUUUUUAUUGAACAUAUUCAAGUAUACAUUGAACUCCUGUAUGUUGAUGAGACAUAGUAUUAUUUAAUCCUAAUUAAUUUAUCCCAUGAUUGUAUCAAAUGUAUCCUAAAGAUAAAGGAAGCCUUAACAAAAACCAAAUCACCAUUAAUGAAAUGGAAUAUUCUUCUAGUAUCAAUGCCUCUUGAGGACAUUUUUAGAGUAUUAAUUGCUUUUAAACGCAAUGAGCACAGAACAGGAUUAUAAAAAUUCCCCUUUGGAACUCCUCAGAUCUGUGUAAAUGUUUAAAGAUAAAUGUGAGAAAUUAGAAUUUUUGUAAGUGAUUUCAAAGUAUUCUGCUAUAUAUAUAAUCCCUUUUAAAUCCUUUCAUUCCUCUUCAGGAGUCAAAACUGUAAGUAUAUAUGAAGUAUAAACAAAU